CCGCAACUUCCGGUUCAACUGAACCGGAAGAACAGUAGGUGGCCCUCAGUUUCCGCCGGUGACCGCCGAGACGUCCGAACGAGAUUUGAACGGUGCGCUCCGCGUUCGAACGUGCUAAUCGCGUGUGUAUAAUUUCUGAGCGCAAGAAGAAACGGCGAACGAUAACAAGUUAACGGAGCGAACGAUGUCCGAGCCGUACGAGUUGAAAUAACAAGAGGACCGAGUUAUCUGUGCGGGAAUAGUCGCCGCUGGUGCGUCCGUUCGUGACGAUUCGGGUGACAUCGUGCGGGACGGAGGACGUGCAUGCCUCUAUUACUCCGACAGUUGGCUCCGAAUGUGUCCGGGAACCAUGCAGAAACUGUACGCCUCGUGCACGUAUACGCAGCGCGAGACACGUACACACAGGCCCGAACGAUUUUUCCCCCGGAAAUCUGGGCAACGUUAACUCGACGGCCACCCAAACAUUUCGUGCAAUGUCAAGCACCGUACAAUAUGAUGGGCUGAACGUCUCCGGGAAAACUGACAGAUACAACGCUUACGACCGUGCUGCACGCGAAACCAGCAUAGGCGAACCAGUGAGAGGAAUAGCACCGUCGGGAAAAAGUGGGAGUGAAAGUGGAAAAAUUCCGUUUUUCGAAAUUGCACGAGGCACAGGGCCGCGCACCUAGUGCAAUACCACACGAGACUGCUGAUGUUCCGCGAAAACGAUGGAACCCGAGGAACCUUUGCUGCAAGGGAUACUGCUGUUACCACCACAAGGAAUGCUAGGCCAACUCAAGAAAAGCUGGCAUAAAAGGUUUUGUCAAUUGUUUAGAACAAGUAAUUAUGGAAUCAAGCGGGUGGAAAUCUAUGAUAACCAAGAGGAGGCUGUCCUGCAAUUGCAUACACCGCGCAUUAUUACUUUGGACGCGUGUAUCAAAAUUGCACCAAGUAAUCAAUCUCAUGUGUUUACCGUAGUAACUAAAUCAGGAAUCCACUAUUUUGGAUGUUAUUCCGAAUCAGAUAUGAGUCAGUGGAUUACUGCAUUUCAAUUAGUAGCAUUUAAAGACAGCGUAUCUAAUCAGACAAUAGAGGAAAACAAUGAUCUUUAUUGUACUAGUGGAGAAGGUGUAUUCUCAGUCAGAAUUGUAGAAACAGAUGCAUCCAAGCGAUGCGGUUUAGAAAGUAGAAAUUACACUCUUGUAGUGGCUACAGUUGAUAUUAAAUUAAUGGACGGGGAUAUAGUUCUGUUUACUUGGCCAUACAGAUAUAUUAGAAGAUACGGCUAUAAGGAUGGAAAAUUUAUUUUUGAAGCGGGUAGGAAGUGUGAAUCUGGAGAAGGAUCAUUUCGCAUGGAACAUAGUAGCCAACAAGAAAUAUUCAGAUGCAUGUAUUCCAAGAUGAGAUCUAUGAAAAAAUUGUUAAACGAAGAAGGCAACUCAGCCAUUGAUUGCAAUGAUGCACAGUAUCAUGCAGCCUUAUCUAUGGAAGCGGGCUCUAGAGCAGCAUUACCUCCUUCUCCAAAUAGUUCUGCUAAUUUAAUUGACAUUGACUUUUCGUCGCCGCAAAAUUCCCAGAAACAAACGAACUCAUCUUCCAACGUGGAUACUAGUUCAUCUAUUAAACCUUCUGCUUCUCUUCUUAAAUCUAAACCUGCGAAACCACCGAGAAAAUAUGCUUUCCAAGGUUUAUUGGAUAAGAAAAACGCAGAUUCUGACUUAUCAGAUACAUCUGGAUGCGCAGAAUACAAGACAUUAAAUCGAGAUAAUUCACCGGAAUUAUCACAAAAGACAAUAGGAAGUUCUAUAUUGGAUGACGACGAGAGACAUCCAUAUGAUUUAGUAGAAGUAAGAAACGAUGCGUGGAAAACGCACGGAAUUGAUAAUAUACAUCACACAGAGCGAGCAAAUUCGAUGCUACAUAAUGACAAAGGUAAAGAAAACGAGGACGAUUCACAAUAUGAAGCUAUGAUGCCUGUUUUAUCAUCUCAAAACUCAUCAAAAAGUAAGUCUAGUAUUUCCGAUAAUCCAAUAACUACAUCGACGAUUAAUUUCACAAAUGCAUCGUGCAAAUCUGUCGAUGAAUCUGACUACGAUAAAUUAGAACAUUUUGGAUCUGCAACUAAAAUUAAUCAAAAAGGUACAUAUAAGUUCGGGAAUUUGAACAGUGCCUCUCAGAAUUCGUAUUCCAGUGCUUCUUUAAAUAAUUCUGCAGUAGAUACCACUACUGCUUGGUCUAAUUAUGAUAUUGUGGAAGACAUGUCUGCUGUUAGAUUAGCAGAUGAUAGUCAUCUUGGGUAUGGUGUUAUUAGAAAGAAAUCAAACCAUACUGAGCCUGGUUCUACCAGUAGUACAGUGGGUCCAAAGCAUAAAGUCUUUAAUAAUAGUGAAUAUGCAAUUGUGUCAAAACCAAAAAGGGUAUAAGAGAUCCAACAUAACUUCUGUUUCAUAAAUAUUUUAUUCUUAACUCCCAAAAUGAUAAAAAUAAUACUAGUCUACAGUAUGACUAGAAUAAGUUCAUUCCUACCGUUUUUUUUCUGUAUAAUGAAACAGUUGUGUUGAUAUUUUAUAAUCUUGUUAUGUAUAUGCAGAAGUGGAAGAACAUUCAUUUCUGCACAAGUUAGUUUAAGAGAUACUAGUCUUUUUAAUCAUUGUCAGUUGUCUAAGAAUAGGUAAUUACAUAAGAGACAAAAUAGAUUUACAUAUUUUUAUAAUUAAGGCUAAAUUAAUUGAUACAAUAUUUCAGAAAAUUCAGCAUUAAUUUUUUAAAAUAUAAAACUGACUGAUUGCAAUAAAGAUAUAUAGAGGCCUUAUAUCGUAAAAUUUAAUUAAAAAAGACAAGUUAAGUUUUAUCAAAUUCUUGCAAAGAUUCAGAAUUAAAUUUGCAUGUUAUUUCAAUAUUUGGUGUACUUAGAGAUAUUUAAUUAUUGUUAGUCUCACAUUACCAUUAGUUCUAUAUUAUAGUGCUAUAGCAACUUCAGUUAAUGUUGUGCCUUAUUGAGACGUUUAAAAUCUAUGAUAACAUAAAGUCUUCAAGAUACAGAGUUUAUAUAUACACAAUAAAUGAAAAACAAUAAGUCAUUCCUUGUAUUUCUAGUACAUAUAUUUUAUAUACUUAUGUACUAUAUCUACAUACUUAUAAAUGAUUUAACAAUGUAAUAUGUUAUUAAGUGAAACAAUUUUAUAAAAAUGUAUUAUAUAUAUAUAUACACACAUGCAUACUUGAUAGUUAUUUAUAUACCAAGCAUUCAUACUUUGUCAAUUAGAACUUGCCAUAUACAGUAACUUCUACACAGUGUGCCAAGGUCUGCCAUUCAAAUUUUAUUGAUAUUACAACUUAUAAUAGUACUAAGUCAUCUGCACAGAAAGUUACAUUGCAUAAAGAGGCAAGUUGCAUAAAAUUUUUAUAUGAUCUGAGAACUAUUCAAGAAUAUAUAUUUUUUACCAAAUUGUACAUAUUAGUAGUAUUCUUUACAUUUAACACGACUAAAAAGAAGUUUGAAGUAUGCAUAUUAUAUAGAUGGAACACUGUUUGUUCUAAUAUUUUCGAAUUUAAAGGAUCAAAAACAAAUUAAGUCUUUCGAUAUUGAUCAAACUUCCGAUAUUAUUUUUUACGUAUAUACGGAUAAGUUACACGUAAUAUAAGAAUUAUAAAUAGUAUACAAUAAAUUUCAAGACAUUUACAUCAGC